AUGGCGGAGGCGCUGGGCCGGGAGUCCGCAGCGGUGGGCGCGGAGACAGUGGGGCACCUGCGCCUGGAGGAGGGCGACGAGGUGUCCUUCUGCGUCCCGCGGCUCUGCGACGGGGAGCCGGUGCGCGCCGAGCUGGUGUGCCUGGAGAGCACCCGCCGCCCCGCCGCGGCGGUGCUGGGCCUCUUCCGCGUCCGCCUCCCGCGCGACGGGCAGCGCCCCGACCUCACCAUGCACUGCCACGCCUUCUCGGACAGGGUGGUGGCGACGGGGCUCCCGGCGGACGCCACCGAGGCCGAGCUCCUCCACUUCUUCUCCAAGCAGGGGGCCACCAAGGUGGCGUUGGUGUGGGCGGUGGGCGGCACGGGCUACGCGGCGGCGCAUUUCCCCGGCGUCGGGGCGGUCUCACGGCUGCUCGGCAGCGAAGUGCACGCCUUCGCGGACGAGACCGAGACGAGGGUCGCUACGCUGCUCCCCGCAUCGCCUGCGGCUGACCAGCCACCGCUGCCUGCGCUGCCGAGGCCAGUCCUGGCUCCUGGGCAGGAGCGGGGUGCGCUGCUCGUCACCUGGUCCCCGUCCGUGAUCGCCGCCGGGUACAUGCUGGAAAUCCGCCCCGCAGGCACGCAGGCGCCGUGGAGACUUGUCGACGAGCUCACUGGCCGUGCGCAGCGAUCGGACUGCUCCUCCUGCAAGGUGGCGGGCCUCCCUGCCAGCACGGCCUUCGAGGCACGGGUAUCCUUCGUUACGACGUGCGGGACCAGGUCCGAGCCCUCCGAGCCCUCCGAGCCCUCCGAGGCGUGCUCCGCCGUCCCGCCGCCGGCGCCGAGGCCAGAGGAGGCCCCCGUGACCAUCCCAGCGGCGGCAUUCCCACUGCUGGCGCACACCGGGCCAGCGCCCGCGCCUCCGCCGCCAGCAGCGCACCCCUAUGCGCCCGCUCUCGGGUGGCACUGCCUCGGCGACGGGGCCGUCCCGGCGCCCCUGGCGCCCGAGCUGACCUGGGCCGACGAGGCGCUCUCCUCUGUGCUGGUGAGGUGGCCGCCGGUGCCGCACGCCGCGGCGUACGUUGUGGAGCUGUCCGAGGCCGGCGGCUGCGCCUCCGAGCGCUUCGUCUGCAGCGCCGCGCCGUCGGCGCCAGGCUGCCCAGUCGCGCUGCAGGUGGGCGGCCUCCGCCGGCUCGCGCCUGGCGGCUGCUACGCGGCGCAGGUCCGCUGCGUCGGCGAGUGCGGCCGCGAGUCCACGCCCUCCGCGCCCGGCUGGACGCCGGCGCAGCCCCUGGCAGCGUGCUCGCCGUGGACGGCUCCUGCCGCCUCGCCCGGCGCCGCGCCGCUGCCUCGGCUGCUGGGCUUCUCUGGCCAGCCGCUGGCGCCCCCGCCGCUGGGCCCGCCGUCCGGGCUGAUCGAGAUGAUGGCGAAGCUGGGGCCCAUGAUGGGCUCAGUGCCCCUCGGGCCGCACGGCCUCCAGGCGGCGGCGGCGGCGGCGUCUGGCACCGCGGUGUUCGGCGGAGGGCUCCAGCCGCCGGCUGGGGGUUUCGUCCCACAAGGCGCUGCCGCAGGCGGCAGCGCCAACUCCCUGGUGCUCGACUGA